AUGCAGAAGUGGUUUCUGUCUGAAUAUGUAGAGCCGAUUGAAGGACUUCACAGGCUUCUGGAAGUUGACAGAGUCAUUGUUAAGCAAAUAAAAAAGAACCAAAGUUCAAAGCUACAUGAUGCCGUAGUUUAUGAGGCUCUGCUGGAUACUUCUGAACUUCUCUUAAAAUUUGUUGAAAAGUCUAGCUUUGCACAAAGAUUUUGGUGUGGAUCUCGCAGAGCAUUCGAUAUGGAAGUGCGAAAUGUAAACGGAAAACUUGUCAUGCAUCUCCAACGACCAUUGAAAUGUUCAGCAGUUGUAUGUUUUUGCUGUCCUUAUGAAAUGAAAGUUGAAGCUCCAGUAGGUGAACCAAUGGGUAGUAUUGUUCAAAAUUAUGGACGGUUUGGUCAUACAUUUUACCUGAAAGAUUGGAAUGAUAAUAUAGAUUUAGACAUAAAAGGUCCUUGGUUUUCUUAUACCUGCUGCUUUGAUCUUAUCUUUAAAAUUUAUGCACAUGGACAUAAUAGAUCAAUUGGACGGAUAAUAUGUCGUCGAGAUCAAGAGAAUGACAGUUUUCGAGUUGAUUUCCCUUUAGACUUGGAUUAUCGUAUGAAACUUUUGCUUAUUUGUGCUGCAAUAUUUUUAAAUACAAAGUAGUAACUAACACAAUUUUCGGAAAUUCUGGCAGUACAAUGAAAUAUCAGUAGAGAAAAUACAAAUAAAAAAGGAUAUUAAUAUAUAUAUAUAUAUAUAGUAAUAAACUGUAUGUGCUGUAAGUCUGCCAUGAUAGUGAACAAGAAAAGGUGUGUGUGCGUGUGCGUGUGUGUAUAUAUAUACAAUAGUUUAACAUUAGUUUGAAUUGUGAGUGUUACAAUUGUGUGUAGGUGUGUGUGUGUGCUACAAAACGUCUAACAUUUUCUCUAUUUUUCAUUUAUUUAGUAUCUGUGUUAUCAGUUUCUGUCAAUAUGUAAACAAAUAACCUGUUUUACACUCUUUCCAAUGUUCAAUGAUCCUUUAUUUAGUUGUUUUUCUUUUUGUAGUUAAAUUAACCAUAAAGUUGUUGAAAAUUUUUCGCAUUCUAGUUUUCUGUUAUUUAUUUAUUUAUCAUAUAAUCAUGAUGAAAAAUAUAAAAUAUACCUAUUAUGAGACUCCUCAGCAGU